UUUUUGGACCAGUGCUGCAAGUGUCGUUUUGCUUGUAAAGAAAACGUGAUAAAAUAAAAAGAACAAAAAGCUAUCACAUUUUCCCCAAACUCUAGCCAAUCGAAGAGAGAGAGAAGUAGCCAUGGGAGAUGAGAAGAUAAAAGACGAAGCUUUGCAGAUAAUUGGAAUGUUUCAAAUGUUACCCAGAUUAGUUGUCUUUGAUCUCGAUUACACCCUCUGGCCUUUCUAUUGUGAAUGCCGAUCUAAACGUGAAAUGCCUUCUUUGUAUCCUCAUGCUAAAGGCAUAUUAUAUGCUCUCAAGGAUAAGGGAAUUGAUGUAGCUAUUGCUUCUCGAUCUCCAACCCCAGAUAUUGCAAAUACAUUUCUUGAUAAAUUGAGCUUGAAAUCAAUGUUUGUAGCCCAGGAGAUAUUUUCCAGUUGGACUCACAAGACUGAGCAUUUCCAGAGGAUUCAUUCAAGGACUGGGGUAUCCUUUAACUCGAUGCUUUUUUUUGAUGAUGAAGAUAGGAACAUCCAAUCGGUUUCAAAAAUGGGAGUAACAAGCAUUUUAGUUAGUAAUGGGGUUAAUCUUGGAGCAUUGAGACAGGGCCUUACCAGAUUCUCUCAGAAUGUCAAUACAAUUCAGAAGAACAAGCAGAAGUGGCAGAAAUUUUCACAAAAUUCGAAAUCAGCUGAGAAAGAGCAAGACUGAAUUUUCAAUGGACGGUUAAACCAAGGUUUAGAGGUUUAAGACAUUGGAAAUUAAACUGGUUGAGGUCUUCUUUUGACCAUAUAUAUUGAAAUUUAUAUGUGCUGAUCAUAUACAGGAAAAAAAGUAGAAGAAAAUUGUAUUUCAGUGUUUUGUUCUGGUAAAUGCUUCCUACUCCUACAUUAGUUCAAGAGCAUUGAAUUGUAUACAGGAUUUCGCAGCAAUUUUCUGAUAUCACUUUGCUAUUAUUUGAUGCAAACUGUGGUUCUUGCUUUA